CUCUCGUGCUGUAAACACGGCUCGCUCAGCUGCGUGGCGGAGCUCAUACCAAGGGCCCGAGGUAGGCUACUGUAUUUACGUAGACUGGGCUAUUAAAACGCUGUUCACCUCCUCAUAUGAUAUCUGCAGAAUCUCCUGUCUGAGGUGCAAUGGCUAGGAAGACUGACAUUCCUCCUUCAUACUAUGGUGAGCCACGCAAGUUUGACCCGGGCUUCAGAGGACCUAUCCAUAACAGGGGCUGCACGGAUGUGGUGUGCUGUGUCGUAUUCGUCAUCUUCAUCCUCGGCUACAUCGCUCUGGGCACCGUGGCCUGGAUCCAUGGCGACCCCAGGAAGGUGGUCUACCCCACCGACAGCCACGGACAGUUCUGUGGACAGCAGGGGACCCCCAACGCCAACAAAGCCAUAUUAUUCUACUUCAACAUAUUGCAAUGUGCCAAUCCUGCCGUUCUCAUUAACCUCCAGUGCCCUACAACCCAGCUCUGCGUCUCCAAGUGCCCAGACAGAUUUGCCACAUACCUCGACAUGCAAUACAACUACAGGUACAACAAGAGCUACUGGGAGUAUUACAGGCAGUUCUGCAAGCCGGGCUUCGACAAUCCAAGAAAGUCCGUUGCACAAGUCUUGAGAGAUGAGGACUGCCCUUCCAUGAUAGUGCCAAGCAGACCUUUCCUCCAGCGGUGCUUCCCAGACUUCAUCACCAGGAACGGGACGCUAACUGUCGCCAACAAGACAGUCUUCAAAGACGGCUUAGGUAAAACAAGGAGCGUGAUCGAUCUCCGAGACGCUGCCAACCGAGUUACCGCCAUGCAGCAAGGAGUGGAAAGUGGCAUUACCAGUCUGCUAGACGCCAAGGAGGUUGGCAUGAAGAUCUUUGAGGACUAUGCCAACUCCUGGUACUGGAUCUUAAUAGGUCUGGUGAUAACCAUGGUGGUCAGUCUGGCCUUUAUCCUGCUGCUGCGGUUCACAGCCGGAGUGCUCCUGUGGCUCAUCAUCUUCGGAGUCAUCGCUGUGGUAGGCUACGGGAUCUGGCACUGCUACUGGGAGUUCAGUACACUGAGAGGGAAGCCAUACGGGGAUGGGGACGUCACCAUCUCUGACAUCGGCUUUCAGACGGACUUCCGAGUUUACCUGCAGCUCAGUCAGACCUGGCUCAUCUUCAUGAUCUCCCUGUCGGUCAUUGAGGCGGUCAUCAUAAUAAUCCUGAUAUUCCUGAGGAGGAGAGUACGCAUCGCCAUCGCUCUGCUGAAGGAGGGGAGCAGGGCCAUUGGCUACAUCAUGUCCACUCUCUUCUAUCCGAUCAUCACUUUUGUGCUGCUGGCCAUCUGCAUAGCGUACUGGGCGGUCACUGCUGUCUUCUUGGCGUCUUCCGGCGAUGCUGUCUACAAGGUCAUGUCGACGCCGGACAAAUGCGUGUAUGCCAACCUCACCUGUGAUCCAGAGACCUUCAGUCAGACCAACGUGACCAAGGUGUGCCCUGGCUCCCAGUGCACCUUUGCCUUCUACGGCGGCGAGAGCCUCUACCACCGCUACAUAUUUGUGCUGCAGCUGUGUAACCUGCUGGUGUUCCUGUGGCUGGUCAACUUCACCAACGCCCUGGGACAGUGCACCCUGGCCGGGGCCUUCGCCUCCUACUACUGGGCCCUGAGGAAGCCCCAGGAUAUACCGUCCUGUCCACUGUUUUCCUCCUUCAGUAGGGCUGUAAGGUACCACACAGGCUCUCUGGCGUUUGGCUCUCUGAUUCUGGCUGUAGUGCAGAUGUUCCGCAUUGUUCUGGAGUAUCUGGAUCACAAACUCAAAGGUGCGCACAAUGCUUUUGCCCGCUUCCUGAUUUGCUGUCUCAAAUGCUGCUUCUGGUGCCUGGAGCAUUUCAUCAAGUUCAUGAACAGGAACGCCUACAUCAUGAUCGCGAUAUAUGGGAAGAACUUCUGCACCUCGGCUAAGGAUGCUUUCUUCCUCCUGAUGAGGAACGUAGUGAGGGUGGCAGUGCUGGACAAGGUGACAGACUUUCUGCUCUUCUUGGGAAAAGUGCUUAUUUCAGGGAGUGUUGGUGUUCUAGCAUUCUUCUUCUUCACUCGUAAGAUACCAGUUAUUCAAGAAGAAGUGCCAUCACUAAAUUACUACUGGGUCCCCCUGCUGACGGUGAUAUUUGGAUCCUACCUGAUUGCUCAUGGCUUCUUCAAUGUCUAUGCUAUGUGUGUGGACACCUUAUUCCUUUGUUUCUUGGUGGAUCUGGAGGUGAACAGCGGCUCUGCUGCCAGACCCUUCUACAUGAGCAGCACCCUGAGACAAAUUCUCGACAAGAAGAACAGCAAGAGGAGGAAAGACAAGCGAGAGCGGGGAAGAUGAGAAGAGAGGAAUGGAUACAGGGUGACUGGAGGAGACCGAGGCAGGAGAGGUGAUGGAGAUUGGGGGGAAGGCACCGGUGCAUGAUGUAGAGAUAGAAGACAAGACUAUUCUAAUCCUGGUCCAUAUUGUACCUGAUACCAUUAUUAUUAUGCUCUUUGGACAUAAUAUGUGAAUUGUCUUAUCUUGCCUUACAGUACUUGGAUGUACUAACAAACGUAUCACCAUGAAUGCACAAUGGCAACAGUGCAGUUAGCUUAACUGUGGCCAAAUCGUGCAUUUAAAGGCAACUGCAAGUUCUUGGUUUUACCAAUGUACUGUGAAGCACUUACUUGAGGGAACAGCGAAGUGUACAUUUGUAUAAUAAUAUUUUGCACCACAUGCUACUUGUCAGCAGGCCUGUGUCAUUCUGAAUGCAGGAACUCAAACCAGCCACAAGAUGGCACUCUUAAGGUGGACAUCUUAAAGGUCCAGUACAGCGGUUUUUAAUUGCGAUAUCAAAUCAUGUCUGGGUAACAAUUUAGGUGCGUUACUGUGGUUUCAAUUAAAGUGGUCAAAGAGAAACAAAAAUAGCUUAGCGAAAGAGCAUCUUCUCAAGUAAGAAUUAUGCUAGGACUGUCUGGGACUGGUCUGAGUCGGGAGGGGGAAACCAGCUUUUAUUGGCAGAGAGGUUAGGAACUCUCGUUCUUAUUGGUCUAUUAGCUCAUUUGUCACCUGGUGGUGUCACCAGGCAGGCCAAAACUCCAUCCCACCAAAACAGGAAAUAUAAAUGUUGAUUGCACUGGGCCUUUUAAGAAACCUCCCAAGAGGUUACACCAAGACAGCUGAGUGAAGGGCUGCUUGGGUUAAUACUGUACAUGAAAUGUCCGUAGUUACCAUGUAUAAUUAUGCUCUUCAAGCUCCUUGGAGCACUAACUUUUAUUUUCUCCUAUUGAGAAAGCUAUUUGCCAUACAUUGUCCAUUGUGCUAAUGUCUCGUUGUAGCAACCUUCUAACUUGUCCAAUUGUAAGAAUGUAAUAGCCCUACAAUUAGGUGCUUCAGUAAGUGCCAAAGAGCAACGGAAAUCAGCAGGAAUGCAGCGUUGAGGACCCUUACCUGUAUUGGAUUCUAGCCACCGUUGACCAUAAAUCACAGUGUUACAAAUGAUGUUUCCCUCUUGUAUGCCAUUCAAAGUUUUUGGUCGAAGGUCUUCGUCCCAUUCCUUCUUUGUGCAGCAGCACUGUGGGGACAGAUCAUGUGCCAUUACUGCGUCUGUCCCAUAGUGGCAUCACUGCCAGUAUCAGAGAUGGAGCAUCCUUUCCUACUGGUACACAGUACAGUAGCACAUGCCCAUACAUGCACACGCCAAUACCAUUUUUGUUAUUGAAAUUCGACCUGUGUAAGGGCACAACAACUUUAUGAUCGUGUAAAUAUGGAAGUAAUGCACAUCCGAGAAUAAUUUGAAUGGAUUACUACAGGCGCCUGUGUUUUCUUCUCUCCCUGUUAUUGCCAUGAAAGAACAGUCCCGCUUUAAUGCAACGAUGCCAAUAAACUAUCUAUGCCUAUGCUAUAGUAUGUACAGUGCCUUCAGACAAUAUUCACAACCCCUUGACUUCUUCCACAUUUAGUUGUGUUACAAAGUGGGAUUCAAAUGGAUUGAAUUGUCAUUUUUGUCAACGAUCUACACUAAAUAAUCAGUAAGUGAAAGAAGAUUUUGAGAGAAUACCAAGAGUGUGCAAAGCUGUCAUCAAGGCAACGGGUGGCUACUUUGAUAUAAAAUAUAUCUUGUUUUGUUUAACACUUUGUUAUUUUGUGGUUACUACAUGAUUCUAUGUGUUAUUUCAUAGUUUUGACAUCUUCACUAUUAUUCUACAAUGUAGAAAAUAGUCAAAUAAAAGAAACUCUUGCAUG